AUGAGCGGCUUCGGGGACGCGGGAGAGGACGCCCCGCAUGCGGACGGGAUCCCCAGGCCCGGGGCCGCGCAGCCCGAGGCCGGACAGCUCGCAAGGGAGCUGCACCAGUGCUUGCUGCGCGGCCUGACGAAGGUCGAACGGCUCGCGAGCUUGCGGCACGAAGAGAGCCUCGACGUACUCGAUCGGCUCGAGUGCCUGGAGAAGCUUCCGUCGCAACUCUUCAUCCUCACGGAGCUCGACGGACGCAUCAUCUAUGCCUCUCCGUCGGCGCCAAUCGUCCUCGGGCAGUCGGCUGCGUCCCUGCGCGGGCGGCCCGUACACUCCCUCCUCCUCCUCAACGACGGCAUCGAGCUCGCCCACCGCUACAUCCACAACAGGCAGCUCCUCGGGGAGGGCUCGCAUCCAGAUGGUCUCACCGACUGGCCUCUUGACGUCACGCUGCCCCCCACCUCCCCCGUCGACACCGACGUCAACGUGCACAGGGUCGAGCUGUCGGCGCAGUGGGUGCCGUGCGAUGCGUCGAUGCGACAGGACUGGGACUCCGUGGGCACGGCGCCGCAGCGCGGCGCCGCGAAGCGCCUCGGCUCGCCCUGGCGUGUGUGCGUAGUGAUCUCACUGCGGUUCGACCGCAUCGAGGACGCAGCGGGGCAGGACUGCGUGGGCAGCCCAGGCAUCAUCAGGGCGUGCAGGGACUUCCCGAUCACUCCGGUGGUCGAUCCGACGGCCCCGAGGCGGGAGGAGGUGGCGAAAGCGAGUAUGUAUCGCAUGCGGGACCUGCCGGCGGACAGGGAGGGCGAGGCGGCCCAGGAAGCGCCGUGGGUGUACCCGCGCGGGGACCCGCGCGGCGAGCCGCCGCAGGACACGCUGGUCGACCAGAUCGCGCGCGCUGCGUGUCCGGGGCUGCUGCUCGACGCCGACGGCACGGUGCUCGCCGCCACGCAGCUGCACCCGGCGCUCCGCGAGGACGUGGUGGGGAAGCGGCUGGAGGUCGUCGUCGCGGAGAGCGACAGAGAGGCCGUGCGCGGGAUGCUGGGUGGGGGGACUGAUUCGAGCCCAGUCUUCCUGACGCUGUCGCUGUGCUGUCCGGGACGGCGCAGGACCGCGUCGGGCGCCGCGGAGGAGUGGCAGCCGUUCGAGUGCCUGGUGUUCGCGGUGCCGCAGGGGGCGCGGGGCGCGGGCCGGCUCGUGGCGGCGGUGGCGCCCCGAGGACACCACAACUCUGCGGUGCGACUUGGGACGCGUCUCGCAGCGCUGAUGGCCACGGUGCCGGCGUACGUGUUCCGGACUGACACGUUCCUCAACGUCCGGUCGGCCUCCGCCUCGUAUUACCACGCCUGCUGCUUCGAAGAGCAAGACGUGGUCGGGCUCCCGGUGACCGCGGGCCUGCUCCAGGACGACCAGCCCGUCCUGCGGACCGCAGUCACAAACCUCAUGCGGCAGGCAUACGAGCAGCUGUCGAGCCGCGUGUCGCAGGCCAGCGCCGACGACGCGACGGUGCGGAUGUCCAGCGGGGGCGGCGAGUGGGCCGAGGACGAGAUGCCGCUUCCCGACGGCGCGCUCCCGCCACGCGCGGCGCACGCCAGCGUGCGCCUGACGUCAGCGGUGUCCUACCGGCGGAGGGUCCGUGGCAUGCUGGUGCGCGUGGACGCGACGGUCGUGGUGAUCAGCCCCGCGAGCUACCACUUGGAUAUCGUGGUGUUCGAGGUGCCGAAGCUCGACGACGACACGAGGGCGUUCCUCCCCACGUGUCCCGACGGCCUCGAGGCGGUGGCCUGCGACGCCGGCGCCGACGCAACCCGCGGCGACGACCGCGCGGAGGCCGGCGGUGACCGCGACGACAGCGACGGGGCGGAUGCGGCGGCGGUGGCGCGCGAGGGGCCCAUGCACGCCCUGAAGCGGCAGCUUGAAACCACCGUGCAACAGCUCGAGGGCGCGAUGGCGAACAUCCUCGAGCGCGAGGGCCCUGCGGCGUGCCAGAUACUGGCGGGCCUCGAUCGCCUGAGCUCGGCCGCGUUCUUCGUCACGGACGCGGCCACCGAGCUCCGGCACGCCAGCGUCGGCAUGAAGCGCAUGUGGGGAGUCGGACCGGAUAAAGUGCGGUCGCUGCACGAGCUCGUCACGGGGCAGGCGGCCGAGGCCGGCGCGGAGGUCUACAAGGUCGACGUCAAGUCCGUGCGCGCGGGGCUCCUGCCCUACAACGUCCUCAGCACGUGCUGGUGGAGCGCGGCGCGCGACGGCGCGGCGUUCCCGGUGGCGACGGGCGUGGCGCUCAGCGUGGGCGCGCGCGGGGACAUCCGCGUCGGCGCGUACGCGCGCGAGGCAGGGGACUUCGCGCUCGGCCUGCCCUGGGCGGCCCCGCCGCCGUACACGGCCGGGUGCGGCGUCGACACCGUAACGCUGACCGUCAGCAAGGCGGGCUCCGUGCAGCGGUGCUCCGGGAACGCGGCCCCGCUGCUCGGCAGGAAGAUGCGCGAGGUCGUCGACUCGCUUUUCCUCGACCUCGUCCACAAGUCGGACCGCAGCCGCAUCGCCUCUGCCUUUGCCAGUGUCGCGAUGGCUCCCGACCCCACGCACGUCUCCGCGCGGCUCCUCGUGCGCGUCCGGCGCGCGCUGAUGCUCGACCGCCGCGUCCACGGCAGCUCGAGCGGCACGGGCGCGACGGACAGCCCGGUCGGCGCGCAGCCGCGGUGGGCGACCGCCACCACGGCGCGCACGUCGUCGAGCGCGGGAGGGCUGACGCGGAGCUCGGGCGCGGGCGUGGAGUCCGCGGAGGGGUCGGGCCGGUCGCGCGGGUUCCAGCACCAGGUGCAGAAGGUCGCGCUCGUCGACAUCACCGCGGCUCCGGGCGACGCCGGGCGCGGAGCCGUCGUGAUACAGAUGUCUGACGUUACGCGCGCCGUGGACUGCCUCGCGCUCCGGGCGGUGGUGGAGGCGAUCGAGGACGUCUGUCCGACGCCGAUCCUCUCGCUCGACGCGGACGGCAACGUCGUGCGGGCGUCCGCGAACAGCGUCGCGUGGCUCGGGGGGCAGGCCGCAAGCGCGCUGCUUCAGAGAGUCGCGCCCGAGGUGGCGGGCGGGAUCCGCGCGAUGGACGAGUCCGCGAAGCGCGCCCUCGCGUCGCCGCGCAGCGGCGCGGACCUGAUCGGCCCGCCCCGGGGUGGCGGGGGGGGUUGGAGGGGGUGUCGGUACCCCCUGGUCAGCCCCUGCUGCGAGGUCCAGCGGCUGUGGCUGCGGAACGCGGACGGCGACCGCACGAGCCCGCGCGAAGGUCUCGCGGUGAUUCGGCCGUGCAGCGACGCUGCCGCCGGCGCCGCGUCCAGCCAGCCGCACCACAUCAGCGCCGGCAACAUCAUCGCGCUGCGCGACAUUUUGAAGAGGAUGCCGGGCGUCAGCCUGCACUCGCUGCUCGCAGCGACGCCCGCGCAGCAGGGCUCGCCCACGCCGGGCAGGGUCCCGCCCGGGCACCCCCCCGCGCAGCACCACAACGCACCAAGCGCUCCCGCGGCCCGUCCUGGCGCGGUGCCUCGCGACGACGCGCCGCUGCUGCCGCCGGCGCGCGGCCCGCACGCAGCGCGCGGGCCGGACGCGCCCGCGCGGCCCCUGCGGCCGCGGCCCAGCGGCGAGAGGCUGGUCGGCCGCCUGUUUCAGCAAGCAGUGGCCUUCGCGUCGAACGGGCACAUCGAGGCGCUCACGCUCAUGCUGGCGAAGGAGCCGGAGCUCCUCUUGGCGUCGGACGCGAACGGCAACACGCUGCUCCAUUUCGCGGCUUACUUCGGCUGGACCAAUGUCUGUUUGUUGCUGGUGCAGAACCAGUGCGCUCCGGCGGCGCGCAACGGGCAGUGGCAGACGCCCGGCGACAUGGCCGCGGCGGGCGGACACCUGGAGCUCUCGAGGCUCCUGCACCAGUACGCUGCAUCCACGCAGCAGGCCGGACCUAUGCCGUAG